AUGGCCCCCGCAGCAAACGCCAAAGCCAACUACAAGACCUACGAGGCACAGGCUCGCAUGGUUCGUGCCAUCGUAGCCGCUCACCCCGAGAUCAAGUGGAACUACAAGGAAAUCGCCGCCUGUUAUGGCUCUGAUAUGACUGAACAUGCCUUGAACCAUCGUUUUCGAAAAGUUCGGGCCUCUGUCGAGAUCAUCCACACAGCACGUGCUCAGGGCCGCGACAUGAAAGGCCUAACUACCGAUGAGAACCUGCUUCCAUCUACCCAGGCAGCCAUCGACAAGAAUAACAUUGCCAAGUACUUUGGCCAGUCUACCGCAGAUGGCAUUCAGUUUCAGUUCCGCACCAUCAAGAAGGACGCUGAGGCUCUUCGCCAGACUGCUAACAACGGCGGCGAUGUUGCCAGCUGCCUCAAUCUUGGUGUCGGCGCUGGUCCCAACACUCCCUCCAAGCCUACUCCCUCGCGAGGUGCUCAGACAACUCGUUCUGGCAAGGGCUCGAAGCGCAAGAGCGCUCUCCCCGUCCAUCCUAUCAAGCGCUCAGCUUCAGAUGAUGAGGACGAGGAUGAUGACAUGAACUGGGACGAGCUGGACAACACUCCUUCAAAGAGAACCAAGACGACCGGCCGUGGGGUCACUCCUUCUCGCACGGCUGCCCGGAAGGCCGCUGCUACCAUCGCUGAUGCUUCCGCACAGUACCAAGACAGCGAGUCCCCGUACGAAGAGCCGGUACCAACCCCUCUGCCUACCAUCACCGGUCAAGCUGGUUAUGCUGCCCCUACCGGCUCUACUGGCCCAGUCGGUUAUUCUGCUGCUGCACCAGUCGCCCCAUCUACUAAUGUACUCCCGACCUCCAUCUUCGGUAACGGCGAGCGCAAGCCUCGACCUACCGCUCCCCCUGCUCCUCACGGCCUUGAUAUGAUGGCUUCUGGUCGCUCUGACUUCGACAGCUCUUUCGGAGCAGACCGCAACGACUACCUCGCUCCUCCUGCUGACGAAGAACACUUCUUUGACUGGGGUGAUGGAGAAAUCUGA